UGCACUUUGGGAGGCCGAGGUAGAUGGAUCACCUGAGGUCAGGAGUUUGAGACCAGCCUGGCCAGCAUGGUGAAACCCUGUCUCUACUAAAAAUACAAAAAUUAGCCGGGCGUGGUGGUGCGUGCCUGUAAUCCCAGCUACUCGGGAGACUGAGGCACGAGAAUCGCUUGAACCCAGGAGGCAGAGGUUGCAGUGGGCCAAGAUCACGCCACUGCACUCCAGCAUGGGUGACAGAGCGAGACUUCGUGUCAAAUAAUAACAAUAAAAGAUGUGCUGUAAUUGUCUCCGUUUUACAAACUAGUGAAGAGAUGAAAAAGAGGUCAAGUAACUGGCACAGGUCCCACGCUAGUGAGGGUUUUGGGAUUCAAGCACAGACCACCUUCGCCCCUAUGCUACACCACCUCAGGCUGUCGGGAGAUAGGCGCCCAGUCAAAAGGCACAUAGAAGAAAGCCUACGACUUCUCAAGCAUUGAAGCAGGAGUGGCGCAUCGGUAUGCUCAACUUCAAACUUUGAGAACAGUCAUGGUAGGAAUGCAUUUUAUUCAAGAAUGGGUUCGGGUGAGGGUGGAUAUGGGCACUGGUUUCAAAAGACAAAUUUGGAGAUUUCAUGAUCCAGAAGGGUGAACAAAUAAGGAUGGGCUGAGGAGAUCCUCGAAGUUGAAAGGUUCAAACACACAGAGUUAAUGUCCUCUAAGGAGGGCCAACAAGGGGUUACAAGUGCUGAAGUCAUCAAGAAAAUGUGCCUGUCUUUCCUGGAGAUUGGGAAGGAGAAUUAGGAUGAGGAAAAUCCAGAGGAUGGUAAAAUGACUUCAAAAGAACUGAGGCCGGACGAGGUGGCUCACGCCUGUAAUUCCAGCACUUUGGGAGGGAAAGGCGGGCGGAUCACCUGAGGUCAGGAGUUCGAGACCAGCCUGGCCAAAAUGGUGAAACCCCGUCUCUAUUAAAAAUACAAAAAUUAGCCGGACGUGAUAGUGGGCACCUGUAGUCCCAGCUACUGGGUAGGGUGAGGCAGGAGAAUCGCUUGAACCCAGGAGGCAAAGGUUGCAGUGAGCCGAGAUUGGGCCACUGCACUCUAGCCUGGGCGACAGAGAGAGACUCCGUCUUAAACAAACAAACAAAAAGCAAGAAAAAGAAAGAGAAUGGCGAGGCCCAGAGAGAUUGACCGUCCCACCCGAGGCCACAGAACUAGCUCAGCCCUAAUGCUGGCCCCGCGGUGCCUUUCCGACCUCACUGCCUCUCCUGGCAUCCGGGUCUCGGCCUCGGAGCGCCAGGGACGCCACGAGGACACGCCCCACACUUGCGCGUCUGGGUUCCAGUCCCCGCCGCCCCCAACAAAUAAAGAAGGGAAAGUCCUGCGGGUGACUGCCCCAGGGAGCGCCGCGGCUGUACGACAACCUGCGGCGGCCGCCGACUCAUUUGGGGGCUACGCUGGUUGCAUUCGUCACGCCGGGACGCCUCUCAAACCCGCAGCCUGCCGAGCACGUUCCCACACGGGCGACCCUGGUGACGCGGGCGCGUCUGUGGCUCUGGAGAACCAGGCCGCGGAGCCCCGGCGAGGGCAGACGGGGAACUGGCGACUGCGGGGGCGGACGGCUGGGGCUUGUAUUCCCCUCGUGACCCUCUACUCAGGAAAAGGCGAGCCGCGGCCGCCGAACUCCGGCUCUGGCGCGCUCAGGGGCGUGGCGCGGGCGGGUCGUGAGUGGGGCGGGGCCCGGAGAGCGUGUGCGCUGGAGCGGCGCGUCGCGUGGCGCGAAGGGGCGUGGCGCGAAGGGGCGUGGCGCGAAGGGGCGUGGCGCGAAGGGGCGUGGCGCGAAGGGGCGUGGCGCCAGUGGGCGUGGCGCCAGUGGGCGUGGCGUAGUGCGAAGAGACGCGGUGCGCACGCGCGUGAGGGAUGUCGCGGUCUCGUGGUGGAACAUCUGACCCAUUCAAGAGGAAGGAUGAAAACUCUACAUAGGAACACGAUGUGAAUGGAAGAAACCUGUCAUUGUCCCCAAGAAAUUGAUUGGACAUGAGGAAACCACUCUAAGUGUGACCACUCUAAAGCAUUAGCAGUCAGUCAUUUCACUCUAGGGAGAAAUCAGAGCUGUAUAUGGAGAAUAGGUAAAGUCCCCAAUAUGGAUA